CUCAGCUAAAUAGUAACCCUGACUGGACAAUAAAAAGUCACAAAAGCUGUGUUUCAACAUAUACAUCCAAGUUUCAUAUCGAGAGAGAGCUGAAAAGAACAAAACCGACCAAAGCAUUAGAUACUUCUCCUGUCUUGACAAAACGUGUGAGACGAUCUGAUAUUCCAACAUUUAAUUUCCUCGAACACUGCAUUUUUUGUGGGGAAAUAUGCAAACCAUUAGAUCCUCAUAACCCUAAAAGGUGGAAAAAAGUUAUAGAAUGCAAAACCGCUGAUCGUGGUGAUAAAGGCUCAUUUAAACAUAAUAUUCUACAGAAGUGUGAAGAGCGUGGAGAUGAAUGGUCUAAAAAAGUAGAAGUUAGACUUCAGGGUGCUGUAUCAGAUUUACAUGCUGCAGAUGGGAGAUAUCACCAGGCCUGCUAUCACAAGUUCAUGAAUGCAUGUUGUGUAAAAAAGGCGGCAUCAAGUUGUGCAUCAUCUUCAACACAUGAUCUUGCUUUGUACAAGGUGUCGGAAGAAAUGAAAAAAGACUUCUCAAAAUUUUGGAAUACGAAUGAACUGUAUGAGUUGUACUGUACAUUUGAUGGUGAAAAGUGCCGCCGAAGUUUUACUGAUGGACUUUCUGAAAUUAUGAAUGAUUAUGUUGUGCUAUCAUCACCAGGAUAUGCCAAUAUAUUGG